UGAGCCCGUCAAGUACAUAUUUGUGUACAGCUCAGACAUGCAAGGAAUGUUUCCUGCGUUUGCGCAAUAGAACAGCAACGCGGGGGAGGAGCAGGAGGAAGUGGUGAUGUUACUGCGUGAUGUGGAGCAUUGUGGGUAAUGAAGUUCAUCUUUUCGAAAGUGAUCAUUUCGAGUUAGGUUAAAGAAAAAGUACACGUUACUAAUCAAUGCGAUAGCAGGGUGUCAUAUUUAUUUACAACGGGGAUGCAAUUAUAUAUAUAUAUUAUAUACACGUGCGUAUUGAAAAUACACGCGUGCUACAUGCUUAAAUACAUUUGUCUUAAUGUUUAGGCUAAUUACACAGCUAGUUGCGUAACGCUAUGGUACCAGUGGAAUUUACGUUUAUUUGAUUAUAUGUCAGCUUCGUGCACAUGUCCAAAUAUCAAUUUAAGCAAUUCAUUUGAGUUGUUAGGUGAAAGCAGUGAGCAAGUCAGAACGACUACUUCGUUAGCUUGCGCUGUGCGCCAAUGUUGUUUGCUAUAGUUUAGUAAAGUUUAUAAUGUAUACCUGAUGGUAACCGAAAACCAUUCCACUGUUCAGAUGCAUAUAUUUAAUAAAAACUAUCUUAGAGUCGCUUUAUCUGUAAAUUGCGAAUAUAUGCCCAAUUUACCCUUUCGACAUUCCCUUUUAGCUCAGACAGUCGCUCACAAAAGACUACAGGUUCCAGGAUGCAAAGCUGCGGAGUUGUGUAAGUUUCCAGCGUCUUCUAAGAGAAACACUUCCACUCUGUCAGAGGCUCAGCCAGCCGAAGACGAAAACAAAACUUUAGAAAAAGGAAAUAAUCACCAAAACCGACAAAUAGUUAUUCGGUGAAAAGGCGUAAGUAGGCGCCGAACGUUCGGGACCAAUUGGACACGGGCUGGAAACGGGAAAUCGGCAAUAAGGGAGAUUUAAUAAAGCGAGUGAGAGGGCCUGUUAAAAUGUCCUCUGCUUCGCAGGCAUCCUCCAGGCGGCAAUGGUGCUACCUUUGCGAUUUGCCCAAGAUGCCGUGGGCCAUGAUCUGGGAUUUUAGCGAAGCCGUGUGUCGCGGCUGCGUUAACUACGAAGGGGCUGACAGAAUCGAGUUCCUUAUCGAGACCGCCAGGCAGCUGAAGAGAACACACGUGAUGCAGGAUGGCAGGUCUCCCGGCCCCCAGCCAGGGAAGCAUGGCCCAGGUGGAAAAGAUGGGUUGAUGGAGGGAGGGCGGCAGCCCAGCGAGCGCUUUGAGAGGGGAAGGGUGGAAUACGGGGUGCCUGCGCGCCUCCCUAACGGCAUCCCCAGGCCGGAGGAUGGGGGCCCACCAGAAGUUAGCAGGCAAAGCCCCAACGCUAGACGGGCUAUGGUGGGGGCCAUACCCCCAAACCUAAUGGCACAGGGGUUGGUGGGCCCCCCCCACAACCUGUUGGCCGCCGUGCCUGCCAUGAACUCCAGGGCCGCCGCAACGCCCCUGACCAUCAGCGGGCCCAUCCUGAGCGAGCUGAGCAAGCGGCAGGCCAUGGGCAUGGGCAUGGGCGUGGCCUCCUUCAUGAGCCCCGACUUUGAGAAGGAGCUGAAGGAGAAGCAGAGGAACGCCGAGGCCCUGGCCGAGCUGUCGGAGAGCGUGCGCAACCGCGCCGACGACUGGGCCGGCCGGCCCAAGGCCGUGCGCGACUCCCUGCUGGCGCUCUCCAGCUGCACCCCCUUCAACGUCCGCUUCAAGAAGGACCACGCGCUGGUGGGCCGCGUCUUCGCCUUCGACGCCAAGCCCGGGCUGGAGUUCGAGCUGAAGAUCUUCGCCGAGUACCCCUGCGGCUCGGGGAACGUGUUCUCCAGCGUGCUGGGCCUGGUCAAGCAGAUGUUCCACGACUGCCAGAAGGACACGGGCAAGGCCAUCAACUCGGGCUUCAAGUACGUGGAGUACGAGAAGCGGCACGGCACGGGCGACUGGCGGCUCCUCUCCGAGCUGCUGGGCGACGGGGUGCGGGCCUUCAAAGACGCCCCGGGGGCCGACGCCCUGCCGCAGCCCUACCUGGAUGCCAGCUGCUCCAUGCUGCCCACCGCCCUGUGCAACAUGGGCCGGGUGGCCCCGCCCCGGCCACGCCGGCGCAGGACGUCCCCCGACCCGGAGAGCAGCGACAAGCUGCUGGUGGAGGAGCAGCUGCGGCACUGGGCCCCCGGGGGGUACCCGGGCAUGGUGGCGCACCUGCCCGCCCCGUCCCUGCCCGGCGCCGCCCAGCCCCCGCCCCUGCAGGAGGGCGCGGCCGCGCACGCCGAUCCCUCCCCCAUCUCGGCGCUCAUGAGCGUGGCCGACAACCUGGGCGGGGCGGGGCAGUCGCCGAAGGACGCCGCCGCCGCCGCGCGCGACGCGCCGUCCCCAGGCCAUCUCCGUCCUUCGGGGCGGCAGAGCGGGGGCACCCCGCCCGCCACCUCCCCCGCCGGGCAGCCGCGACGGCUGGCCUCGCGGAACGGGGAGCCCCACGGGGGCGGGGGCGGGAGCAGCUCGGCGGCGGGCAUCGGUCUGGCCGCGCUCCCCCUGGUGGCCGCCGGCGACCAGGGCGCGGUGGCAGGCGGGGAGGCCUCGGGGGGGGCGGGCGGCGCCCCGCUCUGCUGCACCAUCUGCCACGAGCGGCUGGAGGACACCCACUUCGUCCAGUGCCCCUCCGUGCCCGGCCACAAGUUCUGCUUCCCCUGCACGCGGGACUUCAUCCGCGGCCAGGGCCCUGGCAACGAGGUGUACUGCCCCAGCGGCGAGAAGUGCCCCCUGGUGGGCUCCAGCAUGCCCUGGGCCUUCAUGCAGGGAGAGAUCUCCACCAUCCUGGCCGGGGACGUCAAGGUGAAGAAAGAGCGUGACCCCUAACUGCGACGGGGGACCCCGGAGCACGUGGAACAUGAUGCCCCCCCCCCCCCCCAUUCCUCAACGAUGAGAAAGCACUGUUCGUAUGAUGCGAAACUUGGAGGCUGUCUGUUUCUGCCUCUUACAGAAGAGAGUUGGGGGGAGAGGGGAACCAUAGAUCACCAGAGCCAUAGAUUGAGGGGGGGACCUCAGCCAGCCCCCCCUCGCCUUUUUGUAAUCCCAUCCUGCACCCCGCCACCCCCCCUUAUUGGAAGAGGACACCUCAUCCCCACUGUCUCCUGUCUUUUCUCUCCUGCUUUCUGGUUCUUUUCAGAAUCGCACCGAUUGAAUUUUUGAGCAGACUAAAGUGAUGCCCUGUGUGCAGGAGGCGUGGACAGACUCGAGCAUCGCCAGUGCUGUCUGUCUUUCUGCAGCAAGGGCUCCGCGUCCCCUGUGGGGCUCUGCGGGAGUCAGGCGAUCACCCGUCUCCCAUGGUUCACCCCAUUGGUCCUUCUCACUAUGAAGCAACAGCGAAGGUACACCACACCGAUGGUCAGAGAAACGAGUGGACCUUUCUGCGAGUACUUUAAAAAGUCUUCACCUCGCCUAGUAUCCCAAGCAUGUGUGAUAUAAAUCCCUCUUUAUAUUUUAUACCGUACAUACAUACAAAUGUAAUUAUUGUUUUUCUUUCAAGGGUUAUAGAUGUGCAAUCUCUAGUUUUGAUACAAUACUGCUUUAUGUACCACUAAGUAUAAAAGUGAAUAGUAAACCAAAGAUAGCUAUAUGCUUAAAUGGGCAAAAUAUGUAAUACAUAAUCUGUAUUUUUGUGGCAUUUGGCUUUUUAUGUCUUCGAGUAAUAGGGAAGUAAUUUUGUUGAAUAUGGUGUAUGUCUGGAGCUUGGAUUGGAAGCUUUCAGGGAAGACAGUUGUUCACAAAAGAAUGUAAACAGCCAAGCAACUCGGUGUGUUUGUACUGUUAUCCCUAGAGUAGGUCUUGUAAAUCAUUACCAUUGAAACAAAAUGGAGGCUACUUCAUUGUAAAAUUGUGAAAAGAUGAUAGUGGGCAGGCUGUAUGGCUCUGUGCAUUUACCUGGACAGGCAUAGCCUAUCUGGGGGCAUGUGGCACCUUUUUUAAAUACACACUUGUCCUUGGGGGAGUUGAGAAGGUCCCUUGCAACUUGCUUAUCUAACCUGGUUACAACCCUGAAUUGUACUUUGAACAUAAAUGAUGUUUUGGACUAGCGUUAUAGCACCUGUUUGUUCCUUUGUCAUUUCGUUUACUGAAAUUGAAUAUGUACUAUACACACACGCCGUUCUCUUCGGGACAGUAGGCGUUGCUUCACUGCAGGUUACAUGGAUGAAAAGAUUAGAAUGUUUGGGCGCGCUAGGGGAACCUGUUGGUGGCAUCCGGGUUGCAACAGGAAGCGAACAGUUGGCCAGUUCGUGGGAAGCCACGGUGCAGGAAACGGAUUGUGUUUCAUGCGCUCUGGUCUGUCGUUCAGGCGAGGCGGAAUUCGCCCGAGGGUAUCUGAGGUUCAAGAACUCUCUGCUUUUUUCGUGAGCUGCGCUAUAGUCUAAGGGAGCGGGGAGGUUUUUAACGACGCCCUCGCGGGAGAUUUUGGUCUGCGAUUAGUUGAUGUUUCGUGUUGCUACAUGCCCCGCUAUUGAAAGCCAAAGACGAGUAUGCUACAGUUACUAUUGUCUGUUUAGGUGGUUGAAACCGUAAAAGCACUUCCUCUGGCCCCGAAAAUGUCCCUCUGCCUGAACAAUGCCCAUGUAUGAAAUUCACAGGCUGUUAUCAUUCUGUUAUAGCGAUUUAUUCACACCAACAUGAAGAAUGGCCUUCUCGCGUUUAGCUUCAUUCUUUUUUUUCUUUUUCUUUUUUUGCAGGCGAUAACAUGAACAAAAACAUUUGAGCAGUGUCGUACGUGUGCUGCCGAAACUGUUCGUUUUAGAAAUAAGUCCGCAUUGAGCUUGUCAGUAUGGAAUCGUCGUCAUGAUUAAUGCGAGAAAAGGGAAGUCGAACAUGCUACAUCCUGUUCGUCCGAAAUAAUAGUUUUCUUAUUAUUUAAAUUUUUAUUUUUUUGUUGCUUUGUGAAAAGAAACUAGCUCUCCAGGGAUAUACGCUGACAGACUAUAAUCCUGGAGCCAUAGUCUUCAGGCUUUAUGGUAGUUUACUGUAGUAUGACUGAAAUUGUAAUGUAUUGCAGCUAUUUCAGUAUCUCUCAUUUCCAGAAGUGUGCGUCACUAGGAGUACUGUAGUGUUAAAAAAAAAAAAAAAAAAACUGCAUACAGUAUAUUAUGAAAUACCGAUGCAUUAAAUAUUAUAUAAAGCCAUAUCAAUGAUAUAUUUAUUGUGACCUAUUUUGACAUUAAAAUAAGUCCCCCCCCCCCCCCAUAUUUGAACAGAAACCAGUUUGAGGCUGAUCCUCUUGCAUUGAGUUUCAGUAGUCUGCAGUAUUUCUUAUGCCUGUCCAUGCGCAGUUUCACUUUAGUUUGGCAGCUGUCAUCAGAUGGAGGAUGUUUAAAACGCUACCGUCAUGUGGCUCGCUAACAAAAUCAAGCUUUUCCUAUGUGUGGAAUUGGCUUAGUGUCUGCUUGAAAAUUCACAUUAUUCGGUUUCACAUGUGCAUGCGGGACACACUCGUUUCCCUGUAACCUCUCCCUUUCCCCGGAAUAUCUGAUGACUGGACACGGAAGAACGAAGCUUCGUGAACUCGCGGAAACCGGUGUUGACCGAGUGUUGUCAGUGCCUUGCUUAUCUGAACCAAACGUAGUGCUUUCCUGUGAAUAGCCGGGUGUUUGGAUUUGACCAUAAAAGUCGGUGAUUGAUAGCACAUGAUCACGGCAAUAAUAAUGCGGUUCCGUGACGUCACUGCGCUUACUCAUUAGGCGGUGGUGGCCUGGGCUCCUCCCCCUAACAGGUCUGCGCAUUGCACAGUGCUUAUUGGCCAGCCUUCAUUCAUAAAAUUGGUAAUCUAUACUGCCCGAGGGGUGCUGGAUAUUAGUAACCCGCCCCCCCCCCCAUAUAUUUUUUGGUCAAGGCUCACCAUUUUGAUUGGUUGUGACCGUAGGUAAGACAUGUUCUGCAAAAAAAUGUGUCUUCUGUCCUCCGUUCAAUUUGAGCUGACAUCCCCAAGGUUUUUGCAACAAUGAUAAAUUAGUAUUUUUGACCACUUUUAAACCCACAGAACCAAUCCUGUGAAGCAGAAGAAGCACUUCGCUGUGAAGCCUGUCGUUUCUGAUGGGCAGCGUACAGCAUGAAGCAGAGGUGUGAUUUCGGUCUCGCUUCGGUCUGCUCUGGACAGCGCUGAUAUAAUUAUUGUAGCGCUGUGAAAGCAAGGCACUUUCCCCUUUCCCUUUUUAUAAAAACCUGUAAGCGCUCAUGCAGUUCCUUAAUUUCUAAAAUGAGAUUUGUGAGAGUGCCCGUUGAUGUGUUUUCAUCAGUAAAGCGCAGCUCUGUGGAGUGUAAGCUAAAGGUAAAAAUGCUGUGUUCCAUUCGAGCUUCUCUCAGGAUGACGAUAAGGUCACCCGUUUUUGUUAGAUGUUAGUGAAAUGUUGCUCGUUAAAACGACAGUUCCUGUCCGUUGACGAGCAGCGCGUCCUUUCGCGGGUAUGAAGUGAAAUGCUGCUUUCGUUACUGACGCGUCCUCGGGAAUCGGAUUUCACACUCGUUCUGAGUGCAGCCGUCGGCUGGGCUGCUGCCACUGGACGGCAGGCUGGCUGUGUCUUCUCAUCCUAAGCCUGGAUCCGUGUGCUCUUCAUCCUUAAAGCGCUUUGCACAGUCACUCGUGAGGCCCAGUGUCCCUUCCACCCAGCGCACCUCAGUCCCUGUGAGAUUUCAGAGUGGGGACCUGUGUCUGUAGCGCCUGUGCAUUUCUGGGACAGGGGGCUGUGUCUGUAGAGCCUGUGCAUUUCUGGGACAGGGGGCUGUGUCUGUAGAGCCUGUGCAUUUCUGGGACAGGGGGCUGUGUCUGUAGAGCCUGUGCAUUUCUGGGACAGGGGGCUGUGUCUGUAGAGCCUGUGCUUUUCUGGGACAGGGGCCUGUGCUUUUCUGGGACAGGGGGCUGUGUCUGUAGAGCCUGUGCUUUUCUGGGACAGGGGCCUGUGUCUGUAGAGCCUGUGCUUUUCUGGGACAGGGGCCUGUGCUUUUCUGGGACUGGGGGCUGUGCUUUUCUGGGACAGGGGCCUGUGCUUUUCUGGGACAGGGGGCUGUGUCUGUAGAGCCUGUGCAUUUCUGGGACAAGGGCCUGUGCUUUUCUGGGACAGGGGGCUGUGCUUUUCUGGGACAGGGGGCUGUGUCUGUAGAGCCUGUGCAUUUCUGGGACAGGGGCCUGUGCAUUUCUGGGACAGGGGCCUGUGCUUUUCUGGGACAGGGGGUUGCUGUGGUAACUGAAGCCCCCGGUGCUUUAAUGUUCCCUUGUGUUUUACUAACAUCAGAGGGAGCGUUUUGUUUUUUGUUUUUCAUUCUUCAAGUCCAAAGAUAUGGGCUCAGAAGUAUUGAUUUAAAAUAUAAAAUAUGUCUGAUACAGAAUGACAGCCUCUUACUUAGAUACCUCUGUCUCUUGACCCAAGGCUAUGCCAGGGAUCAUAAGGUAAAGAUGGCAUGUUUGUGUUGUCACUUUGUGAGGAGCUUCACUGAUCACAGAGUUUGUUGUUGGGAAGAAACCAAACAACCCUGAUGGUGAUUGUUGGAUACUUUCUGGCUAUAGCUUACUUUGAGAAAGGGAUUCCUUUAUUGCUGAAGGGACUAUAGCUACAAAGUAUCCACCAAUUAGCGAUGACUUUGCUCAUACUUGUUAUUACCAACAUGCUCCUUGAUUGGUGGAGAGGAAAGCAAUGAUUAUAAGGGGAAAGCAAUGAUGCCGCUGUCUUUCCCCUGUGUUAUUAUCCAUGCACAAGGGGCAGUGUGGCCGUGUUCCUGGAAGGACCCGGUUGUGUUGUUUUUCCUCUAAACCAGGCCUGGAACGCGUUUGACCCGAGGUCACAUGUCUGAUCCGGGCGGGCCAAAGCCAGUACGUUUCAGACGAGGGAAGUUCAGGUGACUCCGAGCUGCCGGCCGGACCAGUGUGCGCGCUCCUUAGCACAAACCGUUAGCAGCAGCCCUCGCCACACGCUGAUGCUGGAGCUGAAUGUUUAUUGACGAUCAGGACAAUCCCCCCUCUCUUCUCUAAUUGCACUGAACACUCAUCAAUUUCUGUCAUGAAGUGCCUUUUCAUGGUUUUUACUGUCUAAAAGCACUUUACAAAGAUUUAACUGGUGGCUGAAGCAUGUUUGUACAGUACGGACUUUCGUCAAAUGAGUGGAACUGCGUAAUUGGCUACAAACAAGUAUUCUACAUAAUUCAAAAUUAUUAUUUUUUUUUUUCAUGGAGUUGUUUGGCCCCUACCGAUGUUGAUGUCAUUGCCUUCUGUUCAGUCUUUCGCCCUUCCUGAUUAUCUUUUAACAGUCCAAGGUUAAACUGUUCACUCUCUCCUCUUUUUUUCUAAGUGUAUCCAGUGUGCAAAAUAAAACUGUUUCCUCCAUGCGUUGGUUCUGCAGCAGUUAAUUUCACUGUUCAGCAUGGAUGUUCUCUAUGGAUUAACUGCUGAGUUAGCAGUCUCUGAGAUUGUUCUGUAUUGCCGGUGUCAUGUUAUGUUGUGUUAUUUUUUAGCCACCUUCCCGUGUUUAUAGUAUAAACCACUUUCUUACAUGAAUGGAAACCAUUAAACCUACAAAUAAAAAGUUGAAUGGCAUUGCUCAUA